AUGUCGUCCGAUCAACCCAUUGGCGCCCCCUUCACUUUGGCGUCGCUGUCGAAGCCCGUGGGCUCUACCAAUGGACGGGUGCACGCUGCUGGCGUUUGCAGCAUUAGCGGCAUCAAGAAGAGGAAGCGCACCGAAAUCGCAGUCGGUGUGGAUGGCGAAGGUGUAUCCAUCUAUAGCCUCCAGAAUCCCCAACUUGUAACCUCGUAUGCGCUGCCGCCGAGCGCAACUUUUACGACCGCCCCAUACUCCAUAUACCGCAAGGGCCUCUCGAAAGCGCCGACGCAUCGCUUCACAUACGCCUCUCUUGCCGGCUCAUCGCCUGCCGACAAGCCGCAACUCGUCUGUUUUCACGACAAGACAGCCGGAGACCACACCGAGACCACCAAGACGUUAUAUACGCCCUCUGGCCCUGCGCACAUCUCCACCCUAGAUGCCCUUCCGGUCGCAGCCGGUGGCUCUUCAAAAGAUGCGACUCAUGACGUGCUUGCGACUUUUGACAAUGGGGAUAUCAUAUGCCUUUCCGCAGAUCUAGACAUGGUCCGAUGGGUCGCAAACUUGACAUCACUUGUGUCUGGUGGAGACUCCGAGGUUGAGAUGGAACAUGUUACACUCGCCAGCGCCAGGUCUGUCACUCGAGGACUGCUGCGAAGCCGACAAGAUAUUGCGACAAUCUUGGACCCUACAUCAGACACCACAUCAGACUUCCUUGAUCUUGUCCAGAUCCUCUGCAUUGUCGGCCGCAAAAAGAAUGGUGCAAAAUUCCUAGCUCUUUUGCAAAUACAGCCAAGGUCUGCAGACCUUACGACAGCCCAGCUCUCGCCUGUCAAGCACUUGCUUGACUUGGACCUUCCCGCGCCCUCGAAGGUGUCCCUCCUCCAAGGCCCUUCUACACAGAUUACUCUACAUGCCUCCAGUGGCGCGCUUCACCUCAUCUCAAAAGGAACAUUACUUUCCUACGACCUUUCAGGGAUCGUACCAAAGCUUUACUCCGAGUUUGUUCUCCCUGCGCCGGGUGUUGACGCGUUUUUGCGAACUGGACAGGAUGUGCUCUUCACCACAGCGCAAAAUGUCUGCAGGGUGUUUGACGUCAAAUACAAUUCCCUUCAAGCUUUGCAAGCAAUAACCUCGAGUUCUUCUGCUUCGGAGUAUACUAGUCCCUCGAAAAAGAGAAAGCACGCGCAACCAGAGAACAAUGAACAUGCAACGUCGCCUUGCAACUUGGUGGCAUACUAUGCUGAUAUUGGGCUGGUGGUAGCUAUUCGAGAGGACGAGGUGUUUGGCAUGCAGUUUGGAGGAGCAGCGCCUCGAAAGAAGGCCAAGACAGAAGGUACUCUGCUCAUCGACGCCCUCGGCAAAGGCAUUGCACUGGAGCGCAAGGCUGUUGCAGGACUUGACACUCAAUCUUGGCAAGAGCGGAAGUGGAAGUUGAACAAAUAUGUUGCCAAGGGCAAGAUUGCAAAGUUUGAGCAACUCUUUGCCGCAGACUUGGGCAUCGAAGUUGAGACCGCUGAUAUGGUGCAAAAGCACAAGAAUGAGGAGUCUGGCGGCCCAUUGACGAACGGAGGCGGCCCAAGCCUUCCAGACAGCGACGCCAUGGUGGUCGAGAAGCUUGAUGACGAGCAUGCCAAGGAUGAAUUGCCUCGAUGGAAGAUGACUCACGUCGUUCCUGGGCAUCAGCGACAGCAAUAUCGUCAGUAUGCACUGUACGCACUGGGAAGAAUCUUUCAUUGGGCAAAUUCCGGCGAGCUUGAACAGGAAGCUCAAGGAGCCUUGAGAGUCGGCUUCUUUCCACCCAACGUCUUCCAGUGGCUUCUGCAGACUGGCCAUCUUACCAAGGAGUCCAUUCGCCGAGCAUUGCUUGACGAAACAAAUGGCCAGGUUCAGGCAGUACCGACUAUCAUGGAUGGCGACAUCGUCAAGGCUCUCGUUGACUACGACUCUGAAUUGCAUAUCCUCUCGGCUGUGUUCAACCAUGGCCAGUUCCUCCCGAUUGGCGAAGUCGUUCAGGCUAUCAAACUUCUCAUUCAAAGCAUAGAUGAUGAGCCGCAGCAAGACGAAACAACUAAGCUAUUGACAAACGGUGUGGCUCCAGCAGAAGGUGACAUGGACGUGGAUUUCGCCUCGGAAUUAGAGGCAGCGUCGUACGAAAUUGACCAUGCCUUGUCGGUUCUGGACCAUGGUCUGCUGACGCGGAGUCACACGCUGCGACCUGCGCUUAUCCGACUCGAUACUUUUCCGGCUCCGGUCAUCAGCUCGACACUUCGGUCCAUGCUGCCACGGCGAGAUCUCGAAUCGCUCAUUCGUCUUCUGCACCUUGAGUUGAAGAACGGUGGGUGGUCGUCACCCUUGGGUUUCGUCGAUAUGGAAAGUGCUGGGGCAGAGAAUUCUGCGGAAGAUCCGGACGACCAUGCUGUUGCUAUUAUUGCUUCCCUGCUGUCGAGUACCCUUGAUGCAAUAGGGGCGGGGGCUUGGCUGGCUCCAGUCGGCACGAACUCGGCAUCGGAGACUGGGCAACACAUGCUGGAGUCAUUAAACAGGGACACGUCUGUCGCUCUUAGCGGUUUCUUUGAAGCGCACUUCAUUCGCGGCUUACUAUGCGAGUUCCUACGCUACGCAUCUACUGUACCUGCGUCCAACAAGCCUUCCAAGGGGAGUUUGGAGAUGCAAGGCAAGCCAUUUAGUGUCACGGGUAAAGCGAAUGACGGAGAGGAUCUGCCUAUGCUGCCACUGGGCGCAAAGGCGGACCAGGGCGUAGAGAAGAUGAAGAGCGGCAAGGGUGGAAAGAAGGAGCAGCGGAGUAAGCGGGAAAUGGGCAUGCUCAUCAGCAAACAGGUUCCCAAGUACAGCUUUGAGCGCGUGGUUGUGUAGAAAAGGCGUAUCCCAGCUGUCGAUCAUUGGUAGCAGCAUACAUGCAGCCCCUGGGUUGCGAUUUU